AUGGCGAGCAUCUCAGAAUUGAAGACUGAUGGUAUUGGAGGCCCCCUACAAGUUAGAAUACUACGCAAAUGGAAACAUGAAGUCCGACAAUAUGAAACUUGGUACUUAGCUGUCGACAGAUUUGCGAAUGCCAUCCAAAUUCUUAGACAACGAACGAAUCAGAGCUACAUUGAGUUUGUUCUCAAUGUUUCAGAAUGUUACAACAUAUCAGAUUACUGCUGCCCUCAAUUAGAUAAGUAUCAAAAAUUCCUUGAAAAGGAUUGCACCAAAGCGAGUGGAGAACCAUUUGUGUUACUUAUACAAACUGACGAAAGUUUUGUUAGUGGUAGUGAACUUGCAAUCAAUCUAUGGAAAGAAUGUAUAACCAAUCCACAUAAGUUCAACCGUUCCUGCUUACAUCCACCACCCGUGACAACUGUUGUUGCGGCCACGAACCUAAAACCGUCCAUAUCUAAUGGAGCAUUAUGCCAUGGCUCAUCACAUGCUACACAUAUCCAUGUCAACCCAGAGAUACCAGAAACAACAUCUCUCAUUAACUUGACAUUCAAGACCAGUGCCGACAUUAUCAGGAACACCCUCGACCCUAUACGACAUGAAGGCCAAAAACAGAUCUGA